ACCCAGAAAAACAUCCCGGCGUGUGGAUCGUCUGUGGGACCUGAUCGCUGCGGAUUCCUGCUCCGGAGUGAAAUGUUCCAGGAUCGCCCGGAGAUGCGCAGGAACCUGUUUACGAGGAAAACGCAGCGAGUUUGAGAGAAUGUGGAGCUCAGGGAUGCCAUUACUCAUCCCUGCGGUUCCUCUCACGCCGGGCCACUUUGUCCUGGAGAUAUUUUCACCGCGGAUCCUUUCUAGGCUCCGCUAACGAGCAGCAAGUGUCCGGGGGAUUCUGGGAGCGACGUGACGCUGCUGUCCACUUCGGGAGGAUUAAAAACCACCGAGGAGAUUGUUGCAGAAACCAGCUUUGUUUUCUGAACCUGUUGAGUUUCUGAUGCGAGAUGAGGCAGCGAGUCUCCCUGUCGUGAGGGAGUGGAUGUAUUGUCGAGCCUCUGCAGCCUGAACUUACUGUUGGAUAUUUAAACACAAUAGAUUUAAGGACAAUAGAGCGACAGCCUCGAUGGGCUGAGGAUGCUAGCGGUCACAGUGGGUAUAUAUUUCAGACUGUUGUUAGUUUUACAAAACUCUUCACUUCUGCUGUGUUUCUAAAGUUGCACAUCAUUAAAGUUACAUAAAGGUCAUAGUGCCGCUGCACACCUGAUCCAACAGCUGCCAUGUAAUUUGAGACUAGUUUCAAUAUUACAGUGAGCUUGUGUCAGAAGGUUCCCACACAGCAUGCAUCCACACAGGAGCAUCAGUAUAAUCUAGGCACUAUGUGCGUGUAGAAUUGUGUGGUUUGGGACCAACUUGAGUAUCACCAUGUCAGUGAAAGCCAAAGCCAUCUACACCUUCCAAAGUGAAAACAAAGAGGAGAUCAGCAUCCAGGAGAGCGAGGAGCUGGUCAUCUUCGAUGAGAAGUCAGUGGACGGCUGGUUCAAGGGGGAGAACAGCCGGGGGGAGAGGGGUCUCUUCCCAGCGUCUUACGUGGAAAUCAUUCGCACUCGCUCAAACUCCAAUGUGACCGACUGCUCCAUCAGCCCAGCAGGCUCUCUGGGAAAGGACUCGUCCUAUAUCCACUCCAUUCCCAUCACCCCUCCUCAUCUGCAGCAGUCGUUUGAUGACGACGAAGAUGACGACUGGGACGACUGGGAUGACAGGUCCACAGUGGUGGAGGAUGCAGACUACUCAAGGAGCCCUGGGGCCAAUGGACAUGCCCAUCAAAGCCCACUGUCCAACAACCCUAAUGUACACUACCGGCCCAAACCACACAUGGAGCGGCAGGACAGCAUCUCCAGCUCCAGGAAAGGCAGUAUGGUGGGCAGGAACUUGAAUCGAUUUUCCAGCUUUGUCCGCUCAGGGGUGGAAGCCUUUGUUCUGGGCGAUGUACCCAUGAUGGCAAAGAUAGCUGAGUCAUACACCAUCGACAUGGGUCCUACGGGACCCCUGUGGAAGGCAAGCCCACAACCUUUCGCCUGCUCAAUUGAAGACCCCAUAAAACAGACAAAGUUCAAGGGCAUCAAGACCUACAUUUCUUACCGGGUCACGCCGAGCCACACAGGGCGUCCCGUCUACAGACGCUACAAACACUUUGACUGGCUGUACAACCGCUUACUGCACAAGUUCACUGUGAUCUCUGUGCCUCACCUGCCUGAAAAGCAGGCCACGGGGAGGUUUGAGGAAGACUUCAUCGAGAAGCGCAAGAGACGACUGGUUCUGUGGAUGAACCACAUGACCAGUCACCCGGUCCUCUCUCAGUAUGAAGGCUUUGAGCACUUUCUAAUGUGCGCUGACGACAAACAGUGGAAACUCGGAAAGAGACGGGCGGAGAAGGACGAGUUGGUGGGCGCCCAUUUCAUGCUGACCCUCCAGAUCCCCAACGAGCACCAGGACCUUCAGGAUGUAGAGGAGCGGGUGGACACCUUCAAGUCCUUUGCUAAAAAAAUGGACGACAGUGUUUUGCAGCUCACACAUGUUGCCUCGGAGCUGGUGCGUAAACACCUGGGUGGGUUCAGGAAGGAGUUCCAGCGGCUGGGAAAUGCCUUCCAGUCCAUCAGCCAGGCUUUCAUGCUGGACCCCCCCCACAGCUCAGACGCCCUCAACAACGCCAUCUCCCAUACAGGCCGCACCUACGAGAACAUUGGAGAGUUGUUUGCAGAGCAACCUAAGUAUGACCUCUUCCAAAUGCUGGACAAGCUGUCGCUCUACCAAGGCCUGCUGGCCAACUUCCCCGACAUUAUUCAUCUACAGAAAGGUGCUUUUGCCAAGGUGAAAGAGAGCCAGAGGAUGACCGACGAAGGGAAGAUGGACCAGGACGAGGCCGACGGCAUUAGGAAACGCUGCCGGACGGUCGGGUUUGCCCUCCAGGCGGAGAUGAGCCACUUCCAUCAGCAGCGAGAGGUGGACUUCAAAGACAUGAUGCAGGCCUACCUCACGGAGCAGAUAGCCUUUUACCAGCGUGUUGUCCAGCAACUGGAGCGCACCCUGCGCAUGUACGACUGCCUGUAAAGACACCGAAAUUCUGCCCAGCACAAGAUGCCAAAAAACACAGAAAAUAACAAAAGGAAAAUCUCUAUGGAGGCGUUUUGUGUUCUGUUCUGUAUUUGGCCCAAUUUGAAAAGAGAUGAAUGAAGCAGUAGCUACUGAACGAAACACAGACAGCCAGUCACUGCUUCACCUUCAUGGAUUCAAAGUCAUAUUUUUGCAAAGACCUACUGUACUUUUUUGUUCUGAAAUUCACAUCACAUAGGCAGUGUAACAGCAUAUUUUUCAUUUGACAUAAUUUAAGUUGUUUGUAACAUUAAGAUAAGAAUAUAGGUUUCAAAUUCAUAGUGGAUCAGUGCUUUAUUGUUUAUAGUGUAACACAUGAAAGCCAUGAAACGGGUUUUAUUUUGAAAUUGUCCCCCAUCUCUCCAACAUCGUGCACUUUGGCUUCUCCAGGGACAGAUUUAAGUUGCUUCGAUUAUUUUAAAACAAAUUUAUAAACAUUCCAAAUGUUUGUUUUUUUAUUCAGCUUUUUAGUAUUCUAUCAAGUCACUUUAGUGAAGAGAAAAGAGAAGACGAGAAAAUAGUAUUUCAGUCCGUUGUACGAUAUAGUGUAGGGGAAUUUAACCAUCGCCUCCUCUACUUCUUGUUAAGGGCUCAACUUGCUCAGGUGUUCACUGCUUUGUUUCCUUUAUGUUACUCCUGUUAUCUCCUAAUACAGAGGCCGGUGUAAACCUCACAACAUGUUAAUGACUCCAUGUCAAUAAGUUUAAUUUCCUUACUUUUCUUCAUAAAGUAGGUGCCUUUAAAGAUGCAACACAUUCCUAUGGAUUCUUUUUGAAAUGGACCAUUUGUCUUGUGAUUGGCUGGUGUGUUUUUUGGGACGGAGUUGUUGGAAUGAUUUGUGUUUAGGCACAAGUUUGCACAUGUUUCUAUGUACUGGUGGGUCAUUGUGUGUGUGUGUGUGUUUGUGUGUUUAUGUGUAGACGAGUGAAUGAAAUGAGUCAACAACUGUGCUGAUCGAUUCCAUUUGCCAUGGUGAAAAACAAUUCUUUAUUCUAUGUAGGAGCGGAUUUAUUCAGCCGUCAAGCAUGAAAAAUAGUGUUGACGUGAAUGCUUGUCUGAGGCAGAAUAUCAAUUUGGCAUUUCUUUGUUUGUAGUAGAUCAUUUACUUGACAUGCGGUAAAAACAAGUGCUUCUUGUUACCGGAUCCUUGUGUUUUCAUGUAUUGGGAUAAAAU